AUGGUUCAGAUCUGUUUCAGUUUCUGUUUGGUUUCUAUUUCUGUUUAUGUGUUUUUUUCUGUUUCUGUUUCUGUUCCUGUUUUUGUUUCUAGUUCUGUUUCUGUUUCGGUUACUGGUUCUGUUUCUGGUUCUGUUUAUGUUUCUGUUUAUGUUUCUGUUUUUGUUUCUGUUUGUGGUUCUUUUUCUAUUUAUGUUUCUGUUUCUGUUUUUGUAUUUGUUUUUGUUUUUAUUUUUGUUUCUGUUUCUGUUUCUGUUUUUGUGUCAGUUUCUGUUUUUGUUUCUGCUUCUGGUUCUCUUUCUGGUUCUAUUUCUGUUUUUGGUUCAGUUUCUGGUUCUGUUUCUGGCUCUAUUUCCGGUUUUGUUUAUGUUUCUGUUUAUGUUUUUGUUUAUGUAUAUGUUUCACUUUCUGUUUCUGUUAAGUAUCUGCUUCUUUUUCCGUUUCUGUUUUGUUUCUGA